AUGGAAAAUAACAAUAUCGUAUUUCAGAAUGAUGAUAUCAUAAAAGGGAGAGGAGAAAGAAGACCAAGUAGGCUACAAAAGCAAGCCCCGGCAGUUCUUCAGCUCGAUCCCAGCAGCGUCAGCUCUGUUGGUGCUGCUAACGACAAUAGCAAUAGCAAGUACAAAGAUAGUCCAUACUCUUCUUCAGGUGGUAAUAACACCUUGUCAAAGUGCGCAAUUCCACUGCUAUCACCACUUGUUUUGACGCCAACGCAGUCUCCAUUUCCGAAGAAGAUCCCAGAUGAUCUACAAGUAGCACCAGGAGAAGGAGAAGGCAGCAAUGCGGAGGGACAAACGAGAAAUCGUGGGAAUAAAGAAAAAAAAGACACCGUGGACAACUCCACUACGACACCUACAUCAUCAUCCCACAUCGGUUGGCAACACCCAGCUACACCUGCAACGUUUGUUGAACCAUCUUCGCUCAUCUCCUUCCUUCAGUCACAGUGUGUUUUGCAUCAGAUACCAUAA